CUCUCAUAGUGCUCUCCAGACAAUCACCACUUAGGUCCAUUAUCAUCAAGCUUAAUUACUAACUUAAUCUUACUUCUAUCUAUAUAAUGACCUGCAUGAGUUGAUUGUGUCCUCUACAAGCAUUCUUUUUCUCAUUUUUCCUUUGUCUCUGCACCUUACAAUUUUUGUACACUAUGUCUUCUCUUGGCACUAGUAGCAAUGAAAUGCCAAUUAACCACAUUGAGAUUCCCAUAAAUUCUAAUGAUAUAGAAGCAAAGCCUGGCCAAGACAUUGAAGAAAACAAUAUUGAAAACUCUCAAAUGUCACAAUGGCUUCUGGCAGCUGUUUUGGGGGCCAGAAAUGGGUUGAUCUCAGUCACCUUAGUGAUGGUAGCUGUUGAAGCUUUGAAUGAAGACAUCAAAACCAUGCUUCUUGCUGGCUUUGCAGGACUAGUUGCAGGGGCUUGCAGUAUGCCAGUUGAAGAGUUUGUAUCUGUGGACACUAUGUUAGACACAGAGGUGGCUCAAAUGAAAGUCCAAUAUAACAAACAAGGGGAAGUGGAGGAAGAUGAUAAAAUUCUUAACCCUUUUCAUGCUUCCAUAGCAUCAACAAUUGGAUUUUCUAUUGGUGCUAUGGUGCCAAUGCUAUCAGCUGUUUUUGUAAGGGACUAUAAGAUCAGGGUGGUAGUUGUGGUUGCUGUGGCUAUCUUGGCUUGGUUAGUAUAUAGAGGGGUAAGAGUAGUAAUUGCCAAAAGUAAAACUCGGUUGAGAAGGACUUGGAAUCAGAGUACUGAUUGGAGGUUGGAUGACUAUAGCUAUUACUUUUGGCUUUGAUCAAAUUAAUUGGCUAAACUAGACUUUGAAUGUGAUUACUGCACAAAUAACUUAAGUUGUUUUCCCUUCCUUUUUCUUAUAUAAACUUUAAAAAUAGAUGCAGUAGUAGACUGUGUUCAGCUUAUAUAUAUCCAUCAGGGAACUCAGUACAAAACAUAAACACUGUUUGAAUAUAAGU